AUGAAGUGGCUUGUGAUCCUCGGGCUGGUGGCCCUCUCAGAGUGCUUAGUCAUGAUCCCUCUAAGGAAGGUCAAGUCCACCCGAGAAAACCUCAGGGAAAAAGGCUUGCUGAAAAAUUUCCUGGAAGAACAUCCUCAUGACCUGAUCCAGAACCGCCCGACCGAAGAUUCUGCCCCUCAGAAGAAUAUCUCUCAACAACCCCUGAGAAACCACUUGGAUAUGAUCUACGUGGGCAACAUCACCAUCGGAACACCCCCCCAGCAGUUCAGCGUGGUCUUUGACACGGGCGCAUCUGACACAUGGGUGCCCUCCAUCUACUGCCAAAGCAUGGCCUGUGUUAUACACAAUAUCUUGGACCCUUUUCAAUCCACCACCUUCAAGUUCUCAGGCAAAAUCUUCAGCCUGCCAUACGGUGCUGGGACAGUGACAGGAUUCAUUGGCUAUGACACCAUUCGGGUGGGGGACCUUAUCAUCAAGAACCAGGCAUUUGGCAUCAGCCUGGCAGAGGAUGACAUGGUCUUUGAAAAUGCAGUCUUUGAUGGUGUCCUGGGCCUGGGCUAUCCCAGCCUCGCCCUGGAAGGGACCACCCCCAUCUUCGACACCAUAAUGAAUCAAAGCCUCAUUUCUGAGCCUGUCUUUGCCUUCUACUUGAGCACCGAAACAGAGGUAGGCAGCGUGGUGAUGUUUGGCGGCGUGCUCGACUGUUACUACAAAGGAGACCUCAAGUGGGUGCCCCUGUCGCAAACCCACUACUGGCAGAUACCCUUGGACAGGAUCACCAUCAAACCGAAGUUUGUUGCUUGUAAGCGCCGUUGUCAGGCCAUCCUGGAUACCGGGACCUCAUCGCUGAUGGGCCCAAGGAGACAAGUCUACAACAUCCAUAAGCUCAUCCCUGGCUAUUACCUCCAGGACCUGUAUGUGAUCCACUGUAAUGCCAGCAGCACCCUCCCUGACAUCGUCUUCACCAUUAAGGGCAUCGACUACCCAGUGCCAGCUCAAGCCUAUGUCCAAAAGACUCUUGGAGGCAUCUGCCUGAGUGCCUUUAAAGGAAUCAAAGGCAAGCCCACAGGCAACCCAAUUUGGAUCUUGGGUGACGUCUUCUUAAGGCUGUACUUCACCGUUUUUGAUCGAGGACAGAACAGGAUUGGCCUGGCUCCCGCUGUAUAAAUGCUGGGGCUGCUUCCAGAAACAAUCAGGCCCAACCCCCAAACACACAUUCCCUCACACCUAGGGCAUUCUCGCCCAGGGAGUGUGGCUUGAACAGGCUUUGGUGCGUGGCAAAGCCCUGUUCUCAGUGAAGAAUAAAGGAUUGCCUUUGC